AUGUCUAAUCGUUUAAAUUCAUUGGGAGGAAGCAAUUCCAAGCCUGGGUUGAAGUUUAAACCGAAGGUAGUUGCAAGAAAGUCAAAAGAAGAGAGAGAUGCCGCUACGGCAAGGAUAAAUGCAGAAGAAAAGCCCUCAUUCGAACGAAAGAAGUACACCAAGAAGCCUCCACAGCAGCGCCGACUCCCGAGGUACCUAGAAAACACGAAGGUAAUCACCUCGGGUCCGCUUGCCGCAGGUAACUUCUCCAAUGGUGGUGACAGUGGGCGGCCGUUUUUUAAGGUAGAAGGCUCGCAAUCGAAACUGCUACAACAGGGUCUCCUAGCCGCCGGCAAUGACACAGGUGAGGAUGGAUCAGACCAGGAGGACUACCAGGAUAACAAGAACCGCAUUAACAUGGGUAAAGAAACCAAGCCCGAGCAAUUAUUCCAAGAAGACGAAGAGAGCGAUGUGGAGAUGGACGCCGACGCCGCCACAUCGCGGCGCGUGGCAGAGCUGUUUCCUGUGCGGGCCGUGCGGGUCCGCCACGAAGAGCUUGAGAGUAGCACGAGUGUGGUCGCAGAGGCGCCGUCCGACUCCGCUACGCCGGCCACACCACCAGCAUUUGGGGACGCGACACUGGACACAAUGUUGCGCGCCCAUCAGGAGGAGCUGCGCACUAAGCUGGAUGAACUACAUGUUGGCGGUCUGGAAUCCGCAGAGGUAAUGGCGGAGCGCAAGAAGAUCUCACAGGAUCACAGGUAUAUCAAGGGGAAACUCGAUCGCCUCGACAAGCAGCCGGGAAAGUUUCUAUUCUUCCAGCUUCCCUCAGAGCUACCUGAAUUUCGGCCACUCAACCCGAAGCCACGCGAGCCCGCGCCCGAGCAGCAGACGGAGCCUGUACCAAAGACAGAAGACUCCCAGGAGGACGAAGCAGAUGCUGCACCCGUGGCGAAGCCGACUGCAGACCUCUCCGAGUUGGACCAGCUCGCAGGCAAUAUCGGCUCACUCAGGAUACACAAAUCAGGCAUGAUUUCUGUACGGUUGGGGGAUUGCAUCAUGGAUGUCGUCAGAGGGGCGGAGUUCACGUUCUUGCAGGAUGUCAUUGCCUUGGAUAACGAAGGCCAGGAAAUAGAGCUUCUUGGCCAGGUUGAUGGGCGCGUGGUAGUGACACCCCACCUCUGA